GCCUGCGCGUCGCCACGCGCAGCCCCUACUUGCUGCGCGUGCGCGCCUCAGCAGAGGCUGGGGUUUGGGGAGAGAGGGGCGGAGGGACUGGCGGGCUCUUGGCGUCCUGGGGGAACGCUGCAACCGUCGACCGGCCUGAUCAGAAGAUCGUCUUUCUCCCGUUUCUUCGCCAUCGCUACCCCUUAUUUUUGGUUGUAUUGCGGCUCAUGCCCUGGAAAAAAGAACCUUUGGGGUACUGGGAACCCUUACCCUAGGAGGGCGUUGAGUUAGAUGAACUUUAAGGUCCUCUUACCUUUUAAUAAUUUUCUGUGCUUACUCUCCUCCUUCCCCACCAUCGCCACCAGAAAUAAAUAAGGCUUGUGGUGAACUUAGGUCUUCAAAACAUUUGUUGCAGCAGCCAGCAGUGAUAUUUUUUAGGGACUCCUAAAAGGGGUCUUACCUGCUUCCUUUUGUUUCUUUUUUCCCUGAUUUGGCACACGUAUCAACUCAUAAAAACCCCAAACUCUAGAAAGAAUUUGGCUUCCAAUUUGCCUUGGAAGGUGUAGCAGCUGACAGCCUUUGACGUUUAUUUCAACGGAAAGUAGAUGUUCAUGUUGGGUGUGCUGGCUAAUGUUGGAACGUGGUGGCAUUGUUUUUUCACAAAUUUCAUUAGCGCAGUUAGAUCAGGUGUUGGUUUAUAUUUUCAUUAAGUCGCUUUUGAAAUUUCUUCUGGCGUAGGUUGUGUUUGCAAUAAGUAAAAGUUCUCUACAAUAAUUUUUAAUGAGACUCCACUAUUCGCUUUUGUGAUUCUGUUUCCAGUUAGUGAAAGACAGGAUAUUUGGGGAAAAUUAGUCUGUUUAUACUACUUGUCAGUUGUGAACUUGAAUAAAACUUUUCCACACACACACAAAAUCACAGGAUAGGUAACUUGACAAGAACUAUAGAACCCACUUGUGUUUCUUUAAGGGAUGGAGGUUAGGGAAUGGAGAUUUCCUCUAAUGAUUCAAGGCUGUGCACGUUGCUCCUUAGGAACUCAAAUUGAGAGACGGGGUUUCACCGUGUUAGCCAGGAUAGUCUCGAUCUCCUGACCUCGUGAUCCAACGGCCUUGGCCUCCCAAAGUGCUGGGAUUACAGACUUCAGAGUGGAAAACAGACCAAUUGAAAAAUGUUGCGAUCCUCUUUAACUGCCAAAGGAAGUAUGCUUCAACGUAUAUAUGCGUAAAAUACGAUUAAAAAAAUAUGCAAAUAAGGUUAAAAACGACAACCAACAUCAGCCAUGAAAGAUCCAAGUCGCAGCAGUACUAGCCCAAGCAUCAUCAAUGAAGAUGUGAUUAUUAACGGUCAUUCUCAUGAAGAUGACAAUCCAUUUGCAGAGUACAUGUGGAUGGAAAAUGAAGAAGAAUUCAACAGACAAAUAGAAGAGGAGUUAUGGGAAGAAGAAUUUAUUGAAUGCUGUUUCCAAGAAAUGCUGGAAGAGGAAGAAGAGCAUGAAUGGUUUAUUCCAGCUCGAGAUCUCCCACAAACUAUGGACCAAAUCCAAGACCAGUUUAAUGACCUUGUUAUCAGUGAUGGCUCUUCUCUGGAAGAUCUUGUGGUCAAGAGCAAUCUGAAUCCAAAUGCAAAGGAGUUUGUUCCUGGGGUGAAGUACUGAAAUAUUUGAGUAGACGGGGCCCUCUUUUGGUGGAUGUAGCACAAUUUCCACACUGUGAAGGCAGUAUUAGAAGACUUAAUUGUAAAAGCGCUCUCGUCACUGUGUUACACUUAUGCAUUGCCAAAGUUUUUGUUAGUCUUGCAUGCUUAAUAAAAGUGCUGAGACUGUUACUAAGUAAAAAGCUGUCAAACAUUUACUGAAAAUAGAAUUGGCCCCAUGGCUUGAUGUGAAGACAGCAAGGAAAGAAGCACCAGUCAAGUUGUGAACAAGCACCAAAUUAAAAGACCUAAACCUUACCAAAUUGUCUUUUUUUGAGGCUAAUCUAUCACUUGCUAAUGUCUAAACUUUAAAAUCAGUACAUUUAAUUUGAGUUCCAACUGUUAAGCAUAUUUCUCAGACUUAAAUUUGAUUAUGUCCCCAUCAAAAAGAAUCUCCAUUUUCUGAAGGUCUGUUAGUUAAUUUGAGAUAAUUUGUUAAAGACAAGUAUGUCAUAUUACUGAGGCUACAAGUUAGUCAGCAGAUGAGUGCCAGUCCAGCCUUUUCUGGUAUGUUAUUGUUAGAAGUAUUGAGUUCUAAUGUUACAUCUGAGGAAGUAUGUAAUUUGAGAAUUGUAACUUCUAAGGGAUUCACUGCAUCAUAGCUAUGCCUGUAUGGAGUCUAACAUAUGACCAAUACCAACCCAUAAUCCAGCUGAACAAAGAUACUGUAACAUUAUGAUUUGAGUGGUGCUUUUCCUUGCUUUGUUAACCAUCACGAGAGUCUGCAGCACAACUUUUCUUUUAACAAAGCUAGAACAGUUUUGGCUUCUUAAACUUCAUAUUUGGGUAGGUUAAGCUGCCAUACGUGUUCAGUGUGAAUAGUGUUUAAGUUGAAAAUAUUGUAAAAAAAUUAUAUUUUUUCAAAAAUAUUUAAAAAAAUAAAUAAUAGUAGAACUGA